AAGGGGCUCUCUGGAGGCCUCCUCUGGGGGCCGUGACAGGCUUGGUGGGCUGGGCGCCCUUGUGGCGCGCGCAAGAGGCGCUGGGCGAGAAGUUGGGUAUCGGAUCAGAAGGGCGAGUGCCAUGGUGGCUCCCCUUGUCUUUCAGAAGUGGCGGAGCCUCUCUCGGUUUCGUUUUUGGAAGCUUUAUUAGAAGCUGGUAUGGGGAGGCCUCAGACUGUGCGAGCGGGACGGCCUCCCGGAGUCGCCGGGUGGAAAAGUUUCCCGCGCGCGUCCUGUUUCUGGCGCGCAGUGGGCCCCGGGUCUGCAGCGUCGCCGGCGUCUGGGUCUCGGGCGCACCCGCGCAUCCGUUCGCUGGUGGGCGCGUUUGUUGUGUGUGGCCCAGGUGUCCCGUGGGUGACCCUGCGAGGAAUGAGGCGACGCUCGAGGGUAGUGAGUGGGAGACAGGGAGCGGGAGGCCGGAGCCCCCCGCCCGCCAGACCCAGAGGUGGUUUGCUGAAGGUUCCACAGCCGGCUUCCUCCUUUUAACUAUCCGAGGUUCGGAAAGGAGACCUUGCAGUGCGGCUAAGGGCGUGGACUUCUCAAAUUCGGUACCUCUUCCAUAAGUCAGAAACACAAAGCGGCGGGCGGGAAGAAAUUGGGCGCCACCAGUAUCCCGAAAAGUGGGACCUCUGGGCCGGUGGAAGGUUUUUCUGUAUGAGUGGAGAAGACAGCUAUUACCAGGGAAGUCAUACAACAUUUUUUUAGGAUGUCUGAAGAUGAAGAAAAAGUGAAAUUACGCCGUCUAGAACCAGCUAUUCAGAAAUUCAUUAAGAUAGUAAUCCCAACAGACCUGGAGAGGUUAAGAAAGCACCAGAUAAAUAUUGAGAAGUAUCAAAGGUGCAGAAUCUGGGAUAAGUUGCAUGAAGAGCAUAUCAAUGCAGGACGUACAGUUCAGCAACUCCGAUCCAAUAUCAGAGAAAUUGAGAAACUUUGUUUGAAAGUCCGAAAGGAUGACCUAGUACUUCUGAAGAGAAUGAUAGAUCCUGUUAAAGAAGAAGCAUCAGCAGCAACAGCAGAAUUUCUUCAACUCCAUUUGGAAUCUGUGGAAGAACUUAAGAAGCAAUUUAAUGAUGAAGAAACUUUGCUACAGCCUCCUUUGACCAGAUCCAUGACUGUUGGUGGAGCAUUUCACACUACUGAAGCUGAAGCUAGUUCUCAGAGUUUGACUCAGAUAUAUGCCUUACCUGAAAUUCCUCAAGAUCAAAAUGCUGCAGAAUCAUGGGAAACCUUAGAAGCGGACUUAAUUGAACUUAGCCAACUGGUCACUGACUUCUCUCUCCUAGUGAAUUCUCAGCAGGAGAAGAUUGACAGCAUUGCAGACCAUGUCAACAGUGCCGCUGUGAAUGUUGAGGAGGGAACCAAAAACUUGGGGAAGGCUGCAAAAUACAAGCUGGCAGCUCUGCCUGUGGCAGGUGCACUCAUCGGAGGAAUGGUAGGGGGUCCUAUUGGCCUCCUUGCAGGCUUCAAAGUGGCAGGAAUUGCAGCUGCACUUGGUGGUGGGGUGUUGGGCUUCACAGGUGGAAAAUUGAUACAAAGAAAGAAACAGAAAAUGAUGGAAAAGCUCACUUCCAGCUGUCCAGAUCUUCCCAGCCAAACUGACAAAAAAUGCAGUUAAAAACCAAACUUCAAUAUUAUUGGUGCCAACAUGUCUAUCCUAAUGAGGACCUUUGCUGCUGUUGGACACUCCAUCACCUUUUGAAACACAAGUAUAUCAAGAUAGUGGCUACUGAUGUUCAAGUGGGACUGAAGUGUGAUAAGCAGAUAUAUUUUGUUGUUUGCUGGGGUGUUCAUGGAGAUGUUAGAGAUAGAGGCCCUGGGCUGAGGGUGUAUAAUGUAUAUGUCAGGUAAUGUUUGAAGACUGCCAAGGAGCAGAUUUUCUCCCUGGAAAUGUGAAAACUGAACCUGUAACUCAGAUAAGGACUUGACAUGUGUAGAAACGUUGGGUUAUGGAAGACUAGUUUCUUCCAUAACCCUGAAUUGGAGACCUUCAGGCUAAGUGUAGAUUACCAGGGUUUGUUAGCGAGGAAAGGAAUAAGAGUUCAGGAGCCUUUGUUAUCAGAUGAGGAAAUAAGGACCUAGUGAGAAGUACAGGUGGACUGCAUAGUGGAGUCAACUGGCAAACCCUAUUGCAGUUUGGUCCAACUAUAUUUUCUGGUGAAGGAAAUUAAUGAUGUAAGAAAAUGAAAGAGGCUCAACUUCUCUUCCAGAUAUCUUCAUUUGUGACACUGGCUUCUGAACUCUUCCUCUACCUCUCUUUAAAUAAAUAACACAGAAUUUCAAGUGGUAGGAAACUUAUGAAGCCAGUCAUCAAGCUUGCUCUGUCAGCCUGUCUCCUAACACCUUAAAGAUCUUGUGCCCUGUGCCAUCCCUCCCUUGUCCUUAUGAAGUUCUUUGGUUUCUGGGGUGAAUUCUACCCAUGUAUAAUGAGGAAUUCUCUCAUAACACUUUUUGUCUUGUCUCUCAUCUCUGUUCAUCCCUUCGUAUAACCUCUAG